UGAGAACUUGUAGCUGUCGUUUGUGCCUAAAACUCCGAGGAUACGACAUUGGUCAGAGAUGUACUACAUUCCGAUGUCAGGCCGAUAAAAGUGCGCGUGUGGUGAAUCAACACGUUGCGAUCGCGCACGAUUAGGCUCACAGUCGACGUUCCCUAAAUGUUCCGGAACACGCGACUUCUCGUCAGCUAGCUCGUCAACCGCGACGACGUUCUCGACCGAACGAUACUCCUGAAGAAAACGAGGCGAGAUAUUCGCGAAUCUGGUCAAGGCCCCCCCAGCAUUCGACAACGAUCGUGCGAACAGUCGACUGCGAGCGUGUCGUCCGCGCCGCAUGCUGCGUGCGUGGUUCCUAAGUGUGUCAGUAGGAUAACCGACGACGUUUACGUUUAACUGACGCUUCUGCCGGAUCAUCACGAGCUACGACGUUCGUUUCCGUGCAAACAAUUAAGUACAGUGUCUACGGUGCGACUAUAAGCUAUUGAUGUUUACGUAAAGAUCACCUGCGAUAUCGAUGUUUGCUGAGAUAAAUUACAGUUGUUUUUUUCAACUGAUUAGUGCACGAGUCCCGAGAGAAGGAUUUGAGUUCAGUCAAAGUGCAACAUGUAAACUGUACUCGUACAUGAUUAAUAAUACAUUUUUGAAUAUGAAGUAGUAGAAACCGACUGUGUCGUGAUCACGCUAGAAUCGAAAACGCAGAUACAAGUUAAUAAAAAAAAAUCUAUCAGAAAUCAAAGCCGAUUGAUACGAGACAAUAAUUAUCGAGUUAUCUCUUAAGAGUUUUUCCAAAAGAUCAUUAUUACAAUCGCGAUCAGUAAUUAUUCACCGAGAAGCAGAAGAAAAUUUUCAACUGGAGCAACUGCUUGUUGUUACAAUACAAUAAGAAACGGGAUCGUGAAAAGUUCGACUUGCACAUGUCGAUCGCCGAUCUACCGUCCCCUGCCUCUUUCUUUCUGCUUCUUUUUUAUCUUUAUUCCUACUGACAUUGCUUGCGCCGCGACGACAGUGACGUACGCGGCAUAAAUCGUACCCCGAGUCCGCAAUUUCGCGAUGGAGGAAGAUGAGAGUUCGGUGCAGGCGAACGACAGUGUCUCGAUUCCAUCGAAAAAGGAAAGCGGUUAUUUCGAGGAAAACUGCGGUGACCUCAGUGAUGUCAUCUUCAGUAAUUACAAUCAUUAUGGGGCGCUCCUCAGCGUCGAUACCGCUGGUAUUUUGAUCAUUAACGAGACCAGACGAUCGGAUCACUGGGAGGAGAGCAGGCAAGGAUCCUCCUUUUCUUCUGGUCUUGUUGAGGAUAUAAACGAUCUUGACGUUAACGACUCUGACGAGGCUAAAGACGACAUCAUCAUCAUCAAACAUCCUGAAGAAACCAAACGUGAUGUAAGCGAAACAUCCGAGAUAGUUCACAGUCCUGAAGGCCCCAAGGAAUUUGUUUAUACCCACGAGGACUCCUCGGCAGUUCUUUGUAUUCCCGAAAAUUACGAGAAAAACAUUGACUCUCAGGUACCUGUCUGCAUUCACAAGAACUCAAAAGCAGUCGUUUAUAUUCACAAGAGCCCUGAAAUAAUCGAUUGUACCAAGGAUUCGACAAAUGUUGAGUGUGCUACCAGUCCUUCUACCAUCGUUGAAAAUUGGAAUGAUGCGGAAAUAUCUGUUUGUGACACAGUAAACCUAGCGGACAACAGCAGCCAGAAAGUGGACAUGACACACUUUGACUUGCUGAAAGUCCUUGGCACCGGAGCUUACGGUAAAGUCUUCCUGGUGCGAAAGAGAACGGGUGCUGACUCCGGACGGCUUUAUGCUAUGAAGGUGUUAAAAAAGGCCUCCAUCGUACAGAAGAAGAAGACGACGGAGCACACCAAGUCCGAGCGGCAAAUUCUGGAGGCUAUCAGGGACAGCCCGUUCCUGAUAACUCUCUAUUACGCGUUUCAAACUGACGACAAACUCUGUUUGAUCUUAGAAUAUGUCGCCGGCGGUGAAAUGUUUACGCAUCUAUAUCAACAUGACUGUUUCACGGAGGACGCAGUACGAUUUUAUAUUGGCGAAAUUAUCCUGGCGCUAGAGCGCCUUCAUGACCUUGGCGUAAUAUAUCGGGAUAUCAAACUUGAAAAUAUACUUUUGGAUAAGGAGGGGCAUCUCGUGUUGACGGAUUUUGGUCUCAGCAAAGAAUUCCUACCGCACGAAAGGAAUGGCAAUGCGCGUACUUACUCGUUUUGCGGAACUAUCGAGUAUAUGGCACCGGAAGUAGUAAAGGCGGGCCCGAAUGGUCACGAUAUCGCUGUCGAUUGGUGGAGCGUGGGUGUAUUAACGUUUGAAUUACUGACCGGUGCGUCGCCUUUUACGGUGGAGGGCGAGAAAAAUAAUCAACAAGAAAUUUCGAGGAGGAUAUUAAAGAAUGAUCCGCCAUCAAUGCCGAGUCAUCUGAGUGCUAACGUAAGCGAUUUCAUCACUCGCUUGUUAAUCAAAGAUCCACGACAAAGAUUGGGCGGUGGACCGCGCGACGCUAAAGAGCUCAAAGAGCAUCCCUUUUUCAUGGAUGCGGCACCGGCCUUUACUUGGGAAGGUCUGGAGAAGAAACAGAUCAAGCCACCUUUGAUUCCCAAAAUUUCGCACGAAUUAGAUACCAGCAAUUUUUCAGACGAAUUCACAAAGAUGAAUGUCGUCGUUGACAGUCCAGCGAUCAUUGAUGGUGACUAUCCUGACAAACAUUUUAGGGGUUAUUCCUAUGUAGCGCCUUCGAUACUAUUCACCGACAAUGUGGUGAGCAGGGAUAUCUUUGGUGGCGAGAUCAGUUCGCAACGACCUUUGUUGUCCGAUCUGUUGAAUACGUGUUUCGAAGAAUCCACGUUCUUCGAGACGUACGAGUUAGACCAAGCGGGACCAGCUCUAGGCGACGGCAGUUUUUCGAUUUGUCGACGGUGUCGUAAUCGUAAGACCCAUCAGGAAUACGCCGUGAAGAUCGUCAGCAGGCGAGUGGAUUGCAGUCGGGAGGAGAAUCUGUUGCGUGUGUGUCAGCGUCACGCGAAUGUAGUGAAAUUGAUAGAAGUCCACCACGAUCGACUUCACACAUACAUCGUGAUGGAAUUGCUCUCGGGCGGGGAAUUGUUACAACGACCGCGCCCAUUCUCGGAGCGGCAGGCCAAGCGAGUGAUGCGGCAAUUGGCAUCCGCAGUGCGAUACAUGCACUCGCGUGGCGUAGUGCAUCGUGAUCUCAAGCCAGAGAAUAUCGUAUAUGUGCAUCAAGGCGAAGAUUCGCCUGUAAAGAUAGUCGACUUUGGAUUUGCUCGGAUGAAGAACAGCUGCGAGCCGUUACACACGCCCUGCUUCACGCUCCCGUACGCUGCCCCGGAGGUUGUGGCUAACCAAGAAUACGACGAGAGCUGUGACAUGUGGUCCCUGGGGACUAUUCUGUAUUUCAUGUUAUCCGAUAAUCCACCUUUCCGUACAGAUACACCUAACAUAGCGAUGCGCAUCAAAGCCGGUGAGAUUAAUUUUGACAGUGAGGCUUGGAGUCAUGUGUCUCCAGGUGCGAAACAAGUGAUGAAAGGUUUGUUGAUAAUCGAUCCCAACAAUAGACUCACCGCAGCUUCUCUGGUAUAUCAUUCGUGGUUGACUACGCAUGACGCUACGAUUCUCCCGGUAACACCAGCCACUGAUGCGGUUCACGCGGAUAACGCGGUAGCCAUCAGUUCAACGUCAACGCACGAGCAGCGCGAGGGUUUCCGGCUGCGCGCAGUCGAUGCCGCUAAACUGGCUCAGCGUCGCAAGCACAAACGUUCCAAUUCCAGUUCCUCCACAUCGAGACCGUCUUCUUCUUCCUCCUCGAGUCCGUCAUCAGUUCAGUUGCGUCUACCAAGCGCUACAGCAAGUGCUGCAAACACUUCCACCUCGUCACCAAGCGUCUUCGAUUUUAAUGACGAAGUUGUUAACGAGUACCUGAGUUCCCUAUCUUCUUCUUCCGAUUCGAAUUCCUCGGUAAGACUUUCACUCCUGCAAGAAUUUGAGAGAACCGCGAAAAAGCGGACCAAACGCAAUGCCGACCAUGAAUCGUGUCAAUCGAUAAUCCCGACGAAAAAGCAUCGACAUCGACGUGACGUUGACAGUGAAACUAGUGGCAGCAGUAGUAACGGUCCAAUGACACGAUCGCGAAAACGUAAACUCGAACAAAUAAUAAAUUCGGACAGAGAUAUAGGUUCUGACAAUUCCGCGGAGUCGUUCGAGUCGUCCUCGCAAGUCGCGCAUGACGAAGGGAAUGUCCAUAGGAGACAUAAAGCUGGCAAGCGGCCGAAACGCCUUGCCACGAUUAUAGUCGAGUAGAGAAUUUUCCUACUUAUGCUUGGUCCAGUAACGCUCCAAUGAAUUCACACUUUGUUUCCUAUGCAUUUUACACGGUAUAUCUUUACAACACCGCUGCCUUCUGCGUUCGUACAGAACGCGAACAUCGCAUCAUUCCUAUCUCAUCAGAGUUUUAGAAUAUCGUAUAUAAAUAUAUAAAUAGCUAUAACAUAAUUAUGCCAUCCCAUUUUCUUAAAAAAAAUCUUGGUCCAUUUUCUAUUUAAAUAAUUAUAUAAAAUUGAAAAGUGCAUUCUUACGAUGCUAAUUUAAAUAUAUUGGAUAGAUACCAGAAAUGGACGUGUAUAAAACGAUAUAUCACUAUGGUCAGGGUCUCAACAAAGUAUCAACGUUUCUCCGCGAAGAUUUGCGCAAUAUACAGAAUUUAUUAUGCAGUGUACAGAAUUUUAUUUUUAUUACUUCUAUUAGAGAGAAACAGAGAAAUGUAAAGUAGGCGGAUGCAAAUAAGAUGGUGAAUCGUUUUGUUGCGUUAAACUGGGAUUGUCUGUGAUUAUAGUGCGAGGACGACAAACGUUGUAAGUUAUUAUAACUUAUUACACACUCCCGUUAAAAUUUUCUUCCAAAAAUUCACUUCUGUGUCGAUAAUCAAUCGAUAAUCAUAAAGAUGAUGAUUAGUGAUUAACUAGCCAAUACGAAGAAAAUUUUAGCGAUUGCUUAUAACGAGUGUAUAUGUGGUAUAUGUGCCUCAAAAGCUCAUUUCAUUAUGAGUACAUUAAAGAUAUUAAUGUAAUAGAAAUGACACGCGAUUACGCGAAGAUAACAAGAGCAACUGUUAUUACCAGUGGUACCUCAAUCAAGAAAAAGGAAAAAAAAA